AUGGCACCACCUGGCCGUCUCUACCUCUUGAGGGUGCUUGGCGCCCCCCUCCUCUUCCUCCUGGGGCUGCUGCUGGCCCUGCCCCCAGGGGCCCAGGGACUCCCUGGUGUCCCCUUCUCGUCUUCAGCGGCCAGUACAGCCCAUCAGCACCGCCAGGAGCUUGUGGCACACGGCACCUUCAAACCUGCUGCUCACCUUGUUGGAGACUCCGGCAUACAGAACGCACUGCACUGGAAAGCAGACAGGGAUCACGCCUUCCUCCAAGGCUUCUCUUUGAACAACAAUUCCCUCCUGAUCCCCACCAGCGGCCUCUACUUUGUCUACUCCCAGGUGGUUUUCUCUGGGUCAAGUUGCUUCAGUGAGGCCUGUAGUCUUCUCUACCUGACCCACGAAGUCCAGCUGCUCUCCUCCACAUAUCCCCAGCCCAUGCCUCUCCUCAGUGCACACAGGUCUGUGCACCCAGGGAUACGGGAGCGGUGGAUGUGCUCCAUGUACCAGGGGGCUGUGUUCCUGCUCAACAAGGGAGACCAGCUGUUCACCCACACAGACGGAAUCUUUCAUCUAUACAUCCGCUCCAGCAAUGUAUUCUUUGGAGCUUUUGCUCUGUAG